UUAUUAACAUUCUUUUAAGUGAAAGUAAAACGAACGAUUAUAACUGAUUUAAAAAGCAGUUAUUAAAAAUAUGAGAUUUGUACUGAUUUUUGUAUUAAUUGGCAUUUGUGCCUUGGGUGGUGGAAAAGCUAUGGUGUCACCACACAAUAAUCCUGUUAUAAUACCAACAGCAGCACCUCUAAACACUUUGGCUCAAGAUUUGGAUGAAAUUAAGCGUUUAAUCCCCACAAAACCCAUACAACAAUUAGCCAUACGUUAUCUGUUGAACGAUGCACAAUUUCAAACAUUCGUACGUCUUAUCAACUCUCAAGAUGGUUAUAUGACACUAAUGCGUUUCCGUUCUCAACCCGAAGUAAUGCGUCUUACAUCCUGGAUACGUAGCCAAAUAAUAUUGUCAGCUGUGGAAUUGGAAUCGGAUGAAUCUAAUGAAUCUUUAAGAAUUAUCAAUCGUUCUCCAUUCUGGUCUCAAAAUGUUUACGGUUGGCAAGGAUUUGUUAAUGAAUUUCUUCUCUACUAUCCUGAGGACAUGAUACGUAUGCAUGUUCAAACGAAAGUUGCUCAAAAUGGUAUUUUUGCUCAGUUUAUUCAACGCGUAAGAGAUUUGAAACCUGUUUAUGAUCGUAUUAUUGCCUUACCGGAGGCACAACGUUUAAUUAGUAAAUUGCAAGCGAAUGGUAUUGAUACAGUUGGACUUGAUACAUUCAUUCGCAAUCAAUUUGGUUGGCAACAGACUUUGAAUAUUGCUACACCAGCACCAGAGCAGAACCAGGUAUAAAAUUCCAGGUGGAGCAUAAAUUUAUCAGAGCUUUUUUAUAUAUUAUAUAUUCUUUUUAAUUUUUCGAAUGACGUGCAUUUUAACGUUUGUUUAUUAAUAUUUUAAACUUAUCGACUUUAUUAAAAUAUAAAUUUAUUUAUUAUUAUAAA